AUGACCACGUUUCCCUUGGUUGCUGCCUCUGAGCUGCCGCACGAGAAUGUGGAUCGGUCUCUUCGGGAGGUUUACAUUGGCGGCCUUUCCUGGGCUAGUGCCGACAAGGACGUGGUCAUUCCGGCCCUCGAAGCGGCCUUCCAGGAGCUGGAGGACUACCGCAAUCGCUACAAGGAUGUGAAGAGCCCCAUCAUUAAUGUCCACAUUCCACCGGCUCUGCCCUUCAAGCGAUCGAAGACUCAAAGCAGCUCUACCUUCGUCUUUGUCGAAUUCUACGAUCGACUGCUGGCUCGAACAGCCUUGCAGCUCAGCGGCCUUCGGAUUGGGGACCGCUCCGCGCGCAUCUGCCCUCCAAGUGCUGGUGUGGACUUGGCAGGCAGCGGGCUAGAUGUGGAGCCGCUUCGGUGCUCUGAGGCAAUCCCUUACUGCGCAGGACCGGGCGCGCAACUCCACUGCAACGUGUGGCUUGGGAACAUCCCGGCACGCCUCGGUCGCAAAGAGCAGCAGAAGAUGCUGAUUGCCGCGCCGGAUGCAGAAGUCGAGAAAGAUGGCUUCGUACAACAGAUAGAUGACGCCAUCCUGGCGCUGCCUGGAGUUCGGAUACGCUACCCGAACCUGGCCCGGGCAAUCCACGCUUUCAGGUUCAGUGAUUGCGGACGCUUCGGCUUCCUGGAA